GCAAGGAUAACAAGGAGGCAACCACCAACCCCAUUUUUGUUAGCUUUCAAGAAUACAUUGAUAGAGAGAGAAAGAAAGCUCCAAUGGAAAUAUUGAAAUCCAUUCUGUUAGAAAUGAUUAUAACCUUCAAGAAUCACAACUAGAACCCGCAUUGUUCGCUCUCUCACACAUUUUUUUCUUGCCAAAAAAUCCCAUCUCAGAAAAUUUUCUUUUUCCAAUUUUUCUCUUUUGGGUUUUGCUUCUGUUUUGUUGUUUGUUUGCUUUUCUUUUCUUUUCUUUGGUUAUACCCAUUUUCAGUCUUUUACCUUUUCUUGGCUCUCUCUUCUUAAAUCACUUUGCAUCACCGUUUUUCUUCGUCCCUGAUUUGGUUAUCAAGACCCUCAUAUCUACUAUUUGAGAAAUUGGUUGUUGGGAAAGAUAAGGAAGAUAUUUGUUAUUUAUAUUGUCUUGAAAAAUGGGGAUAGCGCUUUCAUGCCCUUUGGCUGAUUUUGAAGAUUUGGAUAGUCAUUUUGAUGCUCUUCUUGUGAAAUCAAUCAAAUAUGGACAUGGGAACGUGAAGACUGCUUUUCGGUCUGCUAGUUUCAAUGGUCGUGAUUCAAAACCAGCUAUUAUAAGAUUUAAAGGAAGAAAUUUGAAUGCCACAUUUUCCUUUAGAUCUCCUACUACAGAAAUGCAAAAAGAAUUAUUAUCUAGACCGAUCCAGGCUCAAAGUGAAGAUAAGAGUGGUCAAAGCUCGCUUGAGAUAAAAAACCACAUGCAAUGUGAUGAAUCAGGGAACAGAAGAUACCAGGCUGCAUUGAGGUUGCAGAAAGUUUAUAAAAGUUUUAGAACCAGGAGGCAAUUGGCAGAUUGUGCAGUCGUUGUUGAGCAGAGAUGGUGGAAGCUGCUGGAUUUUGCCGAGCUCAAGCGAAGUUCUAUAUCUUUCUUUGACAUCGAGAGACCGGAGACUGCUAUUUCGCGUUGGUCAAGAGCAAGAAGAAGAGCUGCCAAGAACAACAAGUUGCCACAACAUAGAGAAACCACAGAAAGUGGUCUUCACUUGUUAACAUGUUCAAGUUCUACUAUUGAACAACAACAGUCAAAAAGAGUAGGAAAAGGUUUGUCUAAGGAUGCAAAGGCCCGGAAGCUUGCUUUACAGCAUUGGCUUGAGGCAAUUGAUCCCAGGCAUCGAUAUGGGCAUAAUCUUCAAUUUUAUUAUGUCAACUGGCUCCACUGUCAAAGUAAACAGCCUUUCUUCUAUUGGCUUGAUAUUGGAGAAGGAAAAGAAACCAGCCUUGAUAGGUGCCCCAGAUCAAAGCUUCAACAACAAUGCAUAAAGUAUCUUGGUCCUACUGAAAGGCAGGCUUAUGCGGUAGUAAUCAAGGAUGGGAAGUUUUUCUUCAAACAAAGUGGGGAACUUCUUGAUACAAAAGGACAAAAAGAUGUUAAGUGGAUUUUUGUUCUUAGUACAUCGAAAACCUUAUAUGUCGGUGUGAAGAAGAAAGGAACAUUUCAACAUUCAAGUUUCUUGGCCGGUGGAGCCACGCUAUCUGCUGGAAGAUUAGUUGUGGAAGAUGGUGUCCUAAAGGCAGUCUGGCCUCACAGCGGACAUUAUCUUCCAACAGAAGAAAACUUUCAGGAGUUCAUGUCCUUCCUUAGAGAACAAAAAGUAGACCUCAGCGAUGUAAAGAAAAGCCCAGCCGAAGAGGAGGAAGAAGAAGCCACUAUCAAAAAGUGCAACAGCAGUAGUGUCCGAGAUCUCCGACUUGAUGCUGAUUUAUGUCAAGAUACCAAAGUAACAAAUGUCGAAAGCAUGUCACAGGAAAACACAGAUUUUAGGGGACAAGAUUCUAGUGCUGCAGAAAAUGAUGGUCUGCAAACUUUAAAAUUGUCUUGUGGAUUCCGCUCGAGAAUUGCUAAACUUGAGAUACCAACAAGGGAUAAUGUGCGUGAAAUUUUCAAUGAGGUUGCACCUUCAACAUUUGAUGUUGGUUAUCAAUCAGCACAGGAUUCAUUUUCCCAUGAUGAUGGUUAUGAAUCAGCAGAAGAUUCAUUUUUGACAGAAGAAGAUUUCAUGUUUCCUAAGAUAAAUCUAUUUGAUGAAGAUCAAGAAGAAGAAGACGAAGAACCUAUCCCAAAAGAAAAAAUCUUGGAAAGGAUAAAUUCACAUAAAGGAAUGAGGUCAUAUCAGCUUGCUAAGCAAUUAAGCUCUAGAUGGACUACAGGUGCAGGGCCACGGAUAGGGUGCAUGAGAGACUAUCCUACAGAACUUCAAUUCCGGGUUUUAGAGAGUGCCAACUUAUCACCAAGGAAAGGAACAUGGAGUGCCAAUUCAACCCCCCGGACUGGAUCCUGUUCUAGUCCAAAGUAUUCAACAACAACAUCCUGUCUCAUUCCAAGUGAUUCAACAACUUUCGAACGGACUGCAUCCCGUUUUAGUCCAAAGCGUUCAACACCGACAUCCUCUCUCAGUCGAAAUGAUUCAUCAACUUCUGAACAGAAGGAAACAAUGUCAAAAAGUCCCCUUGGUGUAGGUCGGGAGGUAACAAAUGCAUAAAGUUAGGUUAUAUAAGAUGCAAGAAAGAUUAUUGCUUAAUUCUUUACACUGGGUAAGGUGAGUCAUAUAGGAAGCCUUUACAUUUUUUCUGCACAAUUACUUCAUACACUUUUUCUUGCCUUUUCUUUAUUCAUUUGUACAUCAAUGUGAAAAUGUAAGGGUUAUUUCAGAUUCAUUUUUUCUGUUCCUAUAUUGUAGGAAUCUCCUUUCAGGCAUCUAAUGCCAGAGUAGGUAUAUAUGAGCCUCUUGAUCAGAAUCAAACUUACCACAUUAUGUUUGUUCCUUUGCCUUUGGUACAACUAAUAUAGCUCUUCUCAACUACUCUGCUAUUGAAACUGUAUUCUUCUACCAAUAAAUGAGUAAUCUAUUAUUAUUACUUGC